GCGAGGAGCGACUCCAACCUACCGCGGAAUCCGCGGUGAGAAUACGGAAAAUUCCUGAGGAGGACGCUGCCCAUAAUGUUACAACACUUGUUAAGGAGGCCCUUGUUGGGGAAUAACGCGGGGAUCCUCGUGCGACUCAUGAAACCCGAUGCGAUGGAGCUUCCCCAGCGCCACUGCAGUGACGGCGGUGACAGCAAGGGGCCAGGGAAACAAGAGGCGCUCAUUCUGCUCCACAGUGAAGACGGGAAGGUUAUGGGAUCGGAAACGCUGAAAGACGCGGAGAACAUCGCCGCGCAAACAAAUAUGCGCCUUCAGGAAAUACCGAGUUCUUCGGCAGCUAGAGAUUGGUACAAGCUCGUACCGCUGCGCGAAGCCUCUCAGAAGGGGAGCAAGCGUCCCGAGCUCAAGGAGGUGAUCGUGAAAAUCUCAAUAGCCGACCAUGAUCUCAAAGUCAAAGCGAGACAUGCUAAAAAAUGGUUGGCGCAAAAUCAUAGUGUUCGCCUCAGCGUCAGGACCGAUCCGAGGACCACCACUGCACAAGCGGCGGGCGUUGCGGAAGAGUUCCGGAAGUCACUCGAAGGUGUCCCGCACAAAAUGGAUGUACUCAAACCCAGCCCAGUAGUUGCUCAUUAUGUCUUCAAACCAGUAAAACAGGAGGACGCAGAGAAAACGUGAAACAAAC